GUUAGCCACGGCAAUGCUGGGUGAUCAGGAUGAUCCAAUCGGUGUGCCGCUGCUUCUUCCAUGGUUUUUGGAUGCUUCAAUGAUGUUAGCGGAUUGGAUCCUGGUUGUGUUCUCCUGGGAACGGCUACUUGUGAUUGUAAGUCCUUUUCGUUUCGGAUUUCUGCAACGGGUUUCAACAGCGCGCAUCAUUAUUGUCUUACUCGCCAUCCUGUCGCUCGCAUGCUAUAUGCACGAUUUUACUACCAACUAUAUAACCUUAAUGAAUGACCUAACGGACAAACCGGACUCCAAUAAACCACAUUACGGUUACCCGAACUGGCAGGAGUUUUGGGAUCUCGUCGAUGCAAAUGCCCUGAUUGCAGUGCGCAUUCUGACAUUUCUGCUGAUCCUUAUUCCCAGUGUAAUCCUAGUUGCCUUCCUUGCUCGCCAUCGACGAUCCGAGUUUGGUGAGCUGCGCCGCUUGCAGAGGCAACAGAGUGCCUCGAGUGCGGCAUCCGCGUCGUCCAUGUCCCAGCACGGAAUCAAUAUCAUUCUGCUAAGUAGUGCAUUGUUGUAUCUCAUCACGCGUUCCCUAAAAUGUUUGACGUAUGCGCCGGCCCCGAAACUAUACCGUGGACCGUUAAAUUUGCUUAUCGCGACGAUAUGAGUUUAUUUAGUAUGAUGCAACCAAUCAUCACUGCAACCACGUACAUGGGUUAUUCGUUGAAUUUCUACCUUUACCUGCUGACUGAACGUCAGUAUCGGCAGCGUUUUAUCGAGCUAGUCGUCCGUCCAGUGCGCCAGCGAUGCUUCCCCAGAAUAUUCGCAAGCGGAACUCCUCAACAACGGACUGUAAGUCUGGAGAGCAGUUUAAGGACGACGACUGAUACCACACAGCUGUAGCAGCGUUCAAUCUCUGCCAGGACUGAACGGUUAAUUCACUGUUAGACC